AUGUAUACGAAAGUCAUCGAUGACUUGUAUUUGAUGUGGGCGAUCGAACUAGGGAUGAGAAAUGUCACCAUACCAGCCAAUAUCCUUGACGUCGCCUACAGCUCCCAUGUGUGGAGUGAAAUUUGUCUUUUGAUGUCCUGGUGUUCUUUCAGUGCCGUCAAAUUGAGCUUCAUGGUUUUCUUCAAGAAGCUGAUUAAUCGGAUGAAGACCUGGCAGAUCUACUGGUGGGUCGUCUUCACCUACACGGUCUGUGUUCUGAUCUACGGAUCCUUGGUCUUCUUCAUCAGCUGUCCCUACUUUUACAGCCCAAAAGAAAACACAUGUACUGUGGGGAGACAUAAGGACAUGAUUGUGCAAGAGUCGAUCUCGCUUGCAGUUCUCGAUGUGGUUGGCGACGCUCUGAUUCUGGCCAUUCCAAUCAAUGUCAUCUGGAAGAUUCGAGCCCGUUGGGUACAAAAGAUCUUCCUCAUCUUAUCCCUAUGCUUGACUGUCAUCAUGAUCAUACUUUCAAUUGUUAGAGUAUCUGGACUCGUGUACCACGGCAUGAUUGAUACCGUUUGGGAGACCUAUUGGCAAUUCUUAAGUGCCGAGGUUGGCGUGUUCCUCGCCUCCGCCGUCUCAUUCCGUUCUCUGUUUGUGUCUCAAAGGUCACAUUCGGGUCCGAAUUACUCUGUCAGGAAAAUGUUCAAAGAUUCCUUCCAGUCGCCAAAGCGACGCAACACUGGGUCACUCUCAGACUCCUUGUGGGACGCACCAGGAAACGAGAUGGACUCACUACCAAACAACGCAUUUACUGAGGGCCAUAUUGCGAAAGAUGGGAACUAUGUAAAUAUUCCACACUCGGUCCAUGCAGGCGACAUGGACUUGGAAGGUCAAGCUGAAUUCGUCACCCAACCGACUUCUGCAAUUGUGAAAAUACCGCGGGACGAAAGGUCUUGA